UUGCAUAUUCUCACAUACAGCAGCAUACGAUCUUCACUCCCCAGCAGGAUAUAUAAGAGUAAGUGAGGAACUUCUAGCAGAACUGUUUGACAUUGAGGAGUCUUAUCUAAUUAACACACAUCAACAAUGGCUCCAUCUGCUCCCGUUUACAUCGUCACCGGCGCCUCAAGAGGCCUUGGAAAGAACACUGCCGAGCUUCUGCUCGCCGCUCCUACUUCUGCCAACAUCGUCGCCGUCGCUAGAACCGAGGCCAGCCUUUCAGAGCUCGCCAGCAAAUAUCCCGGCCAGGUGGAGACUGUCUGCGGAGACCUUUCGGACUACAGCACCGGCGUGAAGGCCGUCGAGGCCGCUAUCGCAAAGUUCGGCAAGCUCGACGGAAUUGUCUUCAACGCUGCUGUUAUUGCUCCUGUUGCUACUGUUGGCACUGUUGACAUUGACGAGUUCAAGAAGUUGUUUGAUAUCAAUUACUUCUCGAGUCUGGUGACCAUGAAAGCCGCUCUCCCUCAUCUUAAGAAGACAAAGGGACACGUCGUUUUUGUUUCGUCGAUUGCCUCCCACGAAGCGCACUACUACGGAUGGGAAGCUUACGGUGCCUCCAAGGCAUGCGUUGACCAUCUCGCUGCUACCCUUGCUGUUGAGGAGCCCGAGCUUUUCUUUGUCUCGAUUGAUCCCGGUGUCAUGGACUCUGACAUGCAGAAGGAGAUCCGCGAGAAGCACGGAUCCAAGAUGAAGGAGGAUCACAUCGAGUACCUGAUGAAGGUCAAGGAGACCGGAUCGAUUCUCUCGACCGCUGGUCCCGCCAACGUGAUCUCGACUCUUGUGGUCAAGGGACCUCUGGAGCUUAACGGCCAAUACCAUGUGUUUGAUUCUGAGGUCUUGAGCCCAUACUUGAAGGCGUAAGCCGCUGCUUGGCUGUUAAUCGAGUGAUAUGUGCCUGAUAUAGUAUAGAAGAUAAUAAUGCCAACCCACAUACCAGACCAAUCUAACUGCUGUAGUAAUUGUGAGUAAAUUCAGGUAUUACCCUAACAAGUAAUGUAAACUGUCGUCAAAGUCCCAAGCAAAUAUGCAUAAAUCAGCAAAUGUUAUCCACUUACGG